ACACAAGAGCUCUGAAUGAGAAUAUUUCCCUUUAUGCGUCACACAAGAAAACAACACCUGCUUCAACAUGCCGACUGCGUAAGUUCACUGCACUUUAUCACGUAUUCUUUGUUUUGUGUCGAUUUAUUACAGAAAUAUAAACACGUUUCAGCUGUAUGCUUGUGCAAAGUCUGUCGAUGUCAAUCCGCUUCUCCAUGUUCUGCUUUUAGAUCUACACGCUUACGAGAUGUUCAAGAGCUGACAUCUCCGUAUAAGAGCUUACAUGACAAUUAUGUGUCCAAUACCAGGAAAUCAAAGUGCUCAUUAUCUGCCCUGUUGGCCACUGGAGGUUUGAUCGUGUUAGGGGUUUUAUUGGCCAUAGUGGUAAUAGAGAAAUUAAAGAACGAAGAUCAAAUCAAUGAGGAUUUGAGUCCCCAUCACACUCCGACAUGCUGUAAUGGUGCCAUCCCGAAUGAGCAGAGCAGCAUUGUUCUUGUUGAGAGUUUUCCUCUCUGUAUGGAUUACGGGAGAAACGCCUCCACUGGGAAAAGCCUGUAUGAAGCCUGGAAGCAUCUUCUGUCUUUGGCCACCAAACAAAUCGAAGUGGCGUCUUUCUACUGGUCUCUCACGGCCGAAGACAUCAACGUGAACUCCACCACUGACAGAGCUGGCAGAGACAUUUUAGAAGAGUUCAGAGCGUUGCCGUCUAGAAACGUGUCCGUGCGAGUGGUGACCAGCAUCCCCACUGUGGCUCACAAUUCAACAGACUUACAAGUCCUGAAAGAAAAUGGAAUACAGAUACGGCGAGUGAACUUCGGCCGCUUGACUAAAGGAAUUCUUCACACUAAGUUCUGGAUUGUGGACGGGAAACACAUUUACAUCGGCAGCGCCAACAUGGACUGGAGAGCUUUAACGCAGGUCAAAGAGCUCGGCGUGGUGAUCUAUAACUCCAGCGGUUUGGCUGCUGACCUGCACAAGAUCUUCCAGUCGUACUGGGUCAUGGGUCGGUCCAACGCAUCCAUCCCAGAUCCGUGGCCGUCCACCUACGACACCUUCAUCAACGAGGAGCGUCCGCUGCUGCUCAACCUCAGCGGUGUAGCCAGUCAAGUUUACAUCACGGCCUCUCCGCCUGCGUUCUGUCCGGACUCUCGCACCCAAGACCUUGACGCUAUCCUGUCGGCCAUCAGAGGAGCGCAAGACUUCAUACAUGUCUCGGUCAUGGAGUAUUAUCCCGCUUCGAAGUUCUUUCAUCAUCACGGAUACUGGCCGGUCAUUGAAGACGCUCUCAAGCGUUCAGCCUUCGAGAAGAACGUGUCCGUGUGUCUGUUGGUCAGUUGUGGCCAAGAAACUGACCCGUCCAUAUGGCCCUUCCUCCGGUCAUUAGAUGCUCUUCAUUCCCCGUCUAACAACAUUAACAUCGCAGUGAGGCUGUUUAUUAUUCCAGCGGGAAACCAGUCACACAUCCCCUAUACCAGAGUAAACCACAACAAAUAUAUGGUGACCGAUAAAGUGGCGUAUGUAGGCACGUCUAAUUGGUCAGCUGACUACUUCAACACCACUGCCGGAGUGGGUUUAGUGGUUUCCCAGGAUGCUUUGCCUUCUGCGUUGCCGGGAAACACAUUCCAGCAGCAGCUGAGUGCAGUAUUCGACAGAGACUGGAACUCACAGUUCGCCGUUCCACUCGCUGAGCUCAAGCAGAACCAUGACUGUGUUUUCUCCAAAUCUACACCAUAGACACUUUACUAACAAACAUUCAACGUGUUCAAUUCUAUUAUGCAUGAAACUUGAAGUAUAAAUGUCAUAUGAUUUGUGUCAUUAUAUAUGUAUUAUUUACAUGUCUCGAAUUAAGGGAAGUGUUUUGGAAGCCUGCUACAUUUCAUUUUAAACAUUAUUUUCUUAUACAAUAAAAUUAAAUGACUAUUAUAAAUUGACCUAGAUUGAAUGUAAUAACAUUUCAGUGUUUUUUUUUUUCAUUUUCAGUGUUUCAGCUCAUGUAUGUGUGUGUGUACAUUCAUUGUUAAAGUAUAUGUUUAAUGUAAAAACAAACAUUUAAGUAAUAAAUAAUAUAAAAUUAUGUAAUAA